GCCUCGCUCCAGCCGAGCGAGCCAGAGAAACCAAAGAGAGAGAGAGAGCUAGAGAGAGAGAGAGAGAGAGGGAGAAAGAGAGAGAAGGAGAGGGAGAGAGGGAGGAGAGAGAGAUCAGAGAGAGAAAAGGCGGCGAGGGAAGAGCGAGCGCGGAGCCGCGGGGUUGCUCCGAAGCCGGCGGAGCCUCCUCGGACAGCGGCCCCGGCUGGGCCCACCAGCUCGCGUGGUCGCAGGAGAAAAAGCUGCCGCGGCGGCCGCCGGAGACCGGCCUCGCGCGCCCCUCGCCGCUGGCUCGCGGGUGCCAGUGCGGCCCCGGGACGCCGCUGCCCGCUCGGCGGCCAGGAUGCAGCCGGGGCAUGGCCGCCGGGCCCCGGUCACCUGCCGCGGGGAGCGCUAAGCCUGUUGAAAACCUGUCUCUGAGGACCUAAGCCUCCUCCUGUGAUACCUGCCCUUCCUCGCAAACCUCCACCCCAAGGAGUUCCAGAAAGAACCCCGCAGGGCCUCCCCACAGCCAGACAGACUUCCUCUCCCAUCCCCAGUGUGAAGUCAAAACAGUGGAGGAAACUCUGCCAGCAUUUCCCCCGAGCUGGUCUGCGGCCCCUUCAGCUGGGAACCUGUCCCUGGAGCCACCCCAACUGCAAACAGAGAGCCCAGAGUGCCUCGGGGAAAAUUGGCUGAAUAAAAGAGCGACCAGGACGCCACGGCUCCGCCUGAAGCGAUGGCCCAGCCCUACCCCCCUGCCCAGUAUGCCCCUCCACCACAGAAUGGCAUCCCCACCGAGUAUGCCCCGCCCCCACCGCACCCCACACAGGACUACCCGGGCCAGACCCCGGUGCCCCCGGAGCACGGCAUGACCCUGUACACAUCAGCCCAGACCCACCCCGAGCAGCCGGGCACCGAGGCCAGCACACAGCCCAUCACCGGGACCCAGACAGUGCCGCAGGCAGACGAGGCGGCACAGACGGACAGCCAGCCACUGCACUCCUCCGACCCCACAGAGAAGCAGCAGCCCAAGCGGCUGCACGUCUCCAACAUCCCCUUCCGGUUCAGGGACCCCGACCUGCGGCAAAUGUUCGGGCAAUUCGGAAAAAUUUUAGACGUGGAGAUCAUUUUUAACGAGCGGGGCUCCAAGGGUUUUGGGUUUGUAACUUUUGAAACUAGCUCAGAUGCUGACCGAGCCCGGGAGAAGCUGAAUGGGACGAUCGUGGAGGGACGGAAAAUUGAGGUCAAUAAUGCCACAGCCCGUGUCAUGACCAACAAGAAGACAGGGAACCCCUACACCAAUGGCUGGAAAUUAAACCCCGUUGUUGGCGCAGUCUACGGGCCGGAAUUCUAUGCAGUGACCGGGUUCCCCUACCCCACCACCGGCACAGCCGUUGCCUACCGGGGCGCGCACCUGCGGGGCCGGGGCCGGGCCGUGUAUAACACGUUUCGGGCUGCACCGCCCCCGCCCCCCAUCCCGACUUACGGAGCGGCACUGGAGCAAACGCUUGUUAAAAUGCCAGUCCCAUGGGCAGGGCUGGCACCGUGCCCCCUCCCUCCUCAGCAGACACCGGAGCCGGCCUACCCCACCUCUCCAGCGUUCCCACCACUUUCUUGUCCGUUUGCUUCCAGGGUCGUGUAUCAGGAUGGAUUUUAUGGUGCUGAGAUUUAUGGAGGCUAUGCAGCCUACAGAUACGCUCAGCCAGCAGCAGCAGCAGCAGCAGCAGCCUACAGCGACAGUUAUGGCAGAGUCUAUGCAGCUGCCGACCCCUACCACCACACCAUCGGCCCCACGGCGACCUACAGCAUUGGAACCAUGUGAAACCUUCCACCGUUUCCUUCUCGGACCAUGAAGGGCAAAAA